GUUAAUUCUUAGCCAAUCAAGGAGCAGUUUACUCACAGAUGGUUGAUUAACUCCCUACUUUUUCUUCUUGACCGUUGCUGUUAGUAAAUUGGCGCCACAUAUUGUCAAUAAACUACGACACUCUGCAAAAUGAGUGAUGCAGCAUGCAGGCCGAGGAGCGAGGCAAAGUCGAUCCAACCCCUCAGGAUGCACUGGGUUGAUGUUGAAGGAGAUGAUGACGAUGACCUUGUGAGUGUAGAGGCUGGCACACUCCAACCAGAAAGGAAGUCCAGCCCGGUACCUGCGAGUAUGCAUGAGUCGAAUGAUGUUGAAGUUGAGAAUCACAUCCCAGACCAGCUAGGAAUCCUCAGUCUGUCCAAUAUGUCUGAUGCUGACAGCUUGGAUGAAGAGCUCAUUGUGCAGCAAACCAAAGAUCCGGAGAUUGUCAAAGCCGAUACCGCUGACCUGGACCGGGAUUUCACUAAAACGGAAACUCCUUUAACUUCUUCAUCCUCACCACAUUCAGUUUGGGACACGGACUUCCACAAAAAGCACGUGACCGCAAUAAGCAGUGACAAAUUUGACAGCCUCCUGAAAAUGAGUCCACAUUUCUUCGACUGCAGGAACCACAUGGCAGCGUUUGUCCUCGUGACAGAGGUGACAGACACAUCGGGACGCGCAUGCGAUUUCUACCAGGUGGUUGCAUUAGGAUCCGGCCGCUCCAGCUGCACCAGCUGGCUUUGCUUCAAUGGGACCAUGAUGCACGACUGUCACGCCAUGAUCGUCGCCAAGCGGGCACUGCAGAGGUUCCUCUACAAGCAGCUUCUGCUCUUCUUUGACACCGACCUUCAGGCCAAAAGUCUGAGCAUAUUCGAGUCAUGCGCAGCCGGGCCGCAGCUUCAGCUCAAAGCCAAAACCAGCCUGCACCUCUACACCAAUCAGUGUCCUGAAGGAGCGACCAUGAACUUCAACUUGGGGAGGUACGAUCACAACCCUUGUGUGGAGCUGCAUUAUCACACGAAGGGUUUGCUGGUGCCCGCCGCCCAACUCAAGCCGAUUCACUGGGCGACCAAAGUAUGCUGCCUGUCGGGCACCGACAAGCUGUGUCUGUGGACCGUGGUCGGGGUGCAGGGCGCUCUGCUGAGCCACUUCGUCCAGCCGCUCUAUAUCACAAGCGUGGUGCUCGGAGCCAAGAAGGUGUAUGCCCGCCACUUGUCGGACAUCGCCAACAAGUGUCUGGGCGACGGCUGGGAGGAAAUCUUGCCGCCGUUGUACAAGAGAUAUGAGACCAUCUUUCUGUGCUGCGAAGACAUUGAGCCCAUCCGGGUGUCGCUGGGGGAGGACGUCCUCAGCGUCAACUGGUGCCUCGGAGACAAAGACAUCGAAGUAUUGGACAGCAGUAAAGGCUUCAUCGACGACAGUUCUCCCUCCGUGACUGGGCCCGGCUUCUCCAGCAGGAUGUGCAAGAGAGCGCUCUACAGUUUCUUCCAACGAGUGGCUAAACUGAGUGGACACAGCGACUUGCUGGAUCUCCCCACCUACCACGGGGUUAAGAUGGAAGCGGGCGUCUACCAGACCGCCAAGGAGCUGGUGAGGCAGCACUUCCAGAGCAUCGGUGCCGGUCCCUGCAACGGCAAAAAGCUCGUGGACUGCUUUUGUAUCUGAACAGUUCAUCGCAUUUAGUUGUUCUGUGCAUUCAGUCGUAAAAGUUCUGUUUUUGUGUGGAAAAAAAAUAUUCCAUUUUUUUUAUUUUAUUUUUUCAGUCUUAUGGUAAACAUUGUUUAAUGUUGCAUUGUUAUAGUUUGGAGUGUGGUUCAACAUCUAUAUAAAAGUGUUGUGACGUACA